CACGCCCAUACCUGGAGAUUCAGGAAAUCUGGGAUUGUACACAAAAGCGACUAGUUCAAUCUUUCUAUUUAAGUGUCCGGUCAUUGAUAAAUCCCACUGCUAUCCUGUCCGAGUUAACGGAGCUUCAGUAUCGGCGCCUCUAAAGUGACCAGACCAACCAAAUUGAGUUGUUCCGAUCAAGCCGCUCUAACAAGAAAAGGUUUUCCUUGACCUACGAAGCUCAAUAUCGGUGUCUGCGACGCCUCUCUACACCAAGCUUCCCGGCCCUUUUACAGAACCCAGUCAUGGAGGAGACGGUGUGGGAGCAGUACACUGUGACCCUACAGCGGGACUCCAAGAUGGGCUUCGGCCUAGCGGUGUCUGGAGGACGGGACAAUCCAAACGAAGAAAGUGGAGAAAUGUCAAUUGUCAUAUCUGAUGUGCUGCAAGGAGGUCCUGCCGAUGGCUUGCUGUUUGAAAAUGACAGAGUGGUCCAGGUCAACACUGUGCCGAUGGACGGCGUCCCACACUCCUUUGCAGUGCAGACUCUCCGCAAAUGUGGCAAAGUUGCCAAAAUUACUGUAAAACGAUGUAGAAAAAUUCCCGUCAACGUGAUCAAACGUGCUGCGUCCCCUGAUGACCGUGUCUUCAGCGGCGACUACAACGAUGAUUACGACUAUGAACAGGACCAGCACAGCAUCUACAGCGGACGCAGCUACCCUAACCGUGACACUAGUUUAGAGCGGGAGCAUGGCGGCUAUGCGGACGAGCGGGAACGGGACUAUGAUCGCAGUCGCGGGAGGAGCAUGGAGCGCGGCGUGAGUCCUGACAGACAAUACAGACGGGACGGCAGCCGCGGACGAAUGCUGGACCACGAGCGCAGCCCCGAUCGCCGUUACAGGAGUGAAAAUACCUUGGAUCGUGACCGCAGUCCAGACCACCGUUAUCGAAGCGAUCGCACACUGGACCGCAACUACAGCCCAGAUCGAGAUCGACGCUAUCGCAGUGAACACAACCUGGACCGAGAGCGAAGUCCAGACACACGAUACCGCAGUGAUCGCACGCUGGACAGAACGCACAGUCCAGAUACACACUAUAGACCUGAACCUGCUCGAGGCUACAGCAGAGAGAAUCUCACCAGUGACAAUGAGCGCAGGAGAUACGGCUCACACCAGGAUGACUCCAUGAAGAAGAGCAGCAGCCGAGACCGAUUGGAUCGUUCACCCUCACCUGCACCACUCCGACAAAAUCCCUUGGAGAAGCCACUCAAUGUUACUCUCCUCAAAAACCGUCCCAAUGAUGAAUAUGGCCUUCGUCUAGGCAGUCAGUUGUUCAUCAAAGAGAUGACUAACACGGGCCUUGCAUCCAAAGAAGGCAAACUACAAGAAGGAGACAUUAUUCUGAAAAUCAACGGUACGGUCACAGAGAAUCUGUCUCUGAGCGACGCAGGGAAGUUGAUUGAGAAGUCUCGUGGGAAGCUGCAGCUGGUGGUGCAGAGGGAUCGCAGUCAGGUGCUCAUCCGCAUUCCACCAAUGGCAGACAGCGACUCGGAAAUGGAUGAUAUCUCUGAGAUAGAGUCGUACCGCUCAUAUUCUCCUCAGGAGGAUCGGCGGAGUCAUCACUCAGACCUCUCCUCACACUCCUCCAAUGAGAGGUUACAGGACAAAAACAGAGACGAGCCUCCUAAAAGACUGGCUAAAAUGGGAGCGAUGCCCACUCCAUUUGUAUCAGCGCCGGUGGAUCUGCCGCCUCCACCCGUAGAGAAAGAAGAGCCUCGCAGCGAGUCUCCAGCUCCUCCUGUGGUAAUUGCUGCUCCAAAAACAGUUCCAGUAAAAGCAAAACCUUUGCCAAAGGUUCCCUUGCUACCCAGUCCAGAAGAGCAGGAAAUAUAUGGGCCCAACACUGUUAUGGUGCACUUUGUGAAGGGUGAAAGCGUUGGCUUGCGACUGGCUGGAGGAAAUGAUGUGGGCAUAUUCGUCGCCGGAGUUCAGGAGGACAGUCCUGCCGAGGUGGAGGGUCUGCGCACUGGAGACCAGAUAGUCAAGGUGAAUAACAUGGAUUUUCGAGGCAUGGUUCGUGAAGAUGCAGUUCUUUAUUUACUAGAGAUUCCCAAAGGAGAGGAUGUGACCAUUUUGGCUCAAAGCAAACCUGAUGUGUAUAAAGACAUCCUGGGGUCUGGACGAGGUGAUAACUUCUUCAUCAGGACUCAUUUUGAAUAUGAGAAGGAGCUUCCCCAGAGCCUGAACUUCUCCAGGGGAGAGGUUUUUAAAGUAGUGGACACCCUGUACGAUGGCAAGCUGGGAAACUGGCUCGCCAUCCGCAUGGACAAAGACAAUCAGCUCCUGGAGAAGGGCAUCAUACCCAGCAAGAGCAGGGCGGAGCAGAUGGCAAAUGUACAGCACGCACAGAAAGGUGCUGGUAAUGACAGAGGAGAUUUCUGGAGGCUCAGAGGUCAAAGGGCAGCUAAGAAAAAAGACCUUCGCAAGAGCAGAGAGGACCUCAGCGCAACUCCAGUCUCCACACGCUUCCCGGCCUAUGAGAGAGUGGUGCUGCGUGAAGCUGGCUUCAGACGUCCGGUUGUGAUAUUUGGCCCCAUUUCAGAUGCAGCCAAUGAAAAACUUGCCAAUGAGCUUCCAAAUGAGUUCACUAUAGCAAAGACGGAACCAAAAGACGCUGGCUCAGAAAAGUCAUCUGGCGUUGUGAGACUAAACACCAUUCGUCAGAUCAUCGAACAGGAUCUCCAUGCUCUGCUGGAUGUCACUCCAAAGGCUGUAGACACCCUCAAUUACACUCAGUGGUAUCCCAUCGUCAUUUUCCUCAACCCAGACAGCAAGCAGGGGGUAAAGACCAUGAGAAACCGCCUGCUGCCAGGAUCCAACCGCAGCUCACGCAAACUUUACGAACAAGCAGUCAAACUGCGGAAGACAUACGCGCAUCUGUUCACCGCUACUGUUGAUCUGAACUCUUCUCAUGAUGCCUGGUUUGGAAGCCUCAAAGACGCCGUACGAGAACAGCAAGAUAAAGCUGUCUGGGUCUGUGAAAGCAAGCUGGAUGGCUCAGAGGAGGAUCUGGACCUCCAUGAUGACCGUAUGUCCUACCUGUCGGCCAUGAGUGCAGAUUACCUGAGCAUGGACAGCCGUCUGACCAGCGACUAUGAGGACACUGCUGACGAGGGCGGCGCAUACACUGAUAAUGAGCUGGACGAGUCCACUGACGAGCCUCAGCCAAUGUCAGCCAUCAGCCGCUCAUCUGAGCCUGUCAGUGAGGAGAGGCACAUGCCUGUUCCCCACGAGCGCUCAAAGAAACCAUCAGGCAGAGACGUGCAGCGUGACCCCAGUCCCCCUCCAUCAUUUGUCCCAGAACCCCCAAAGGUGCGCUCUGCUUCCCGUCCUGCAGACUCCAGGAGUUUUGACUCGCGCUCCAGCAGCACCAUCAGCAGUGAUGCGCCCAUCAGCAAUAAACCUCUUCCUCCCCCGGUCGCUCAGAAGCCUAGUUUCAAUACGAGAACGGUGGAUGACACCCCUUCUAACGACCCAGCAGACGACCCUGCCAACCGCACCUUCAGGGGGAAGGUGAAGGCCUUCGAGCAGAUGGACCACCUGGCCAGAGCCAAACGUAUGCUGGAGCUGCAGGAGGCCGAACAAGCCCGGCUGGAAAUCUCUCAGAAACAUCCAGAUAUUUAUGCAGUUCCUAACAAGCCAAAGCCAAACCAGAACAGACCACAACCAAUUGGCUCCAGCUCAAACUCAGAGUCCCAGAGCUCCUCCAAAGCGAUGUAUUCAGAGAGCCGCUCGCACUACCGCCACGAUGAUGAUGAUGAAGAGGAGUAUCGCCACCAGCUGGCAGACCAGACCCGCAGAGGAUAUUACAGCACACAGAAAUACAAUGACACAGAGCUCUAACAUACAAAUACAUACUAGACCAGCAGAGAUACAACACCACACACACACACGCUCACAUCUCCCGAGUCUGAGAAAUGCUCCAUUUGCAUGCUUUAUAAGACGAGUCAGAGGGACUGGAACCACAGCCGAGGCAGAUGGGAAAUGCAGUAUAAACAUGUCAUAUACAAACACAGCAUCUUUUUAUACCUACAUUGUUUUUCUAUGAAAUCUCAGUGUUUAUUUCAUGUCUGCUCAUUGUGUUUUUCUUUCAACUAUGUAUAUUUUUUAGUAUUUCACCCAUAAUGCCAUCUUUGUGUUUCUGACGGAUGAUCUACAUGGAGUGAACGUUACACUUUCCGGUAACACUUUAGUAUAAUGGUCCGUUAGUUAAUGUAUUUACUAACAUUAACUAAGUAUGAAUAAUCUUGUAAAGCAUUUAUUAAUCAUAGUUCAACAUUAACUAAUGUAUUAUUAACAUCCAGAGUUGUGCUUUUUAAUGUUAGGUAAUGCAAAGUGAGUUAAUAUGAACUAAUGAAACUAGUCAUUUAACUUUUACAUUAACAAAGAUGAAUAAAAAACAAUAAAUGUAUAACUAAUUGUUUAUUCAUGUUAGUAAAUAAAUUAAGUAAUGGACCAUUAUUUUAAAGUCUUCCACACUUUCCUCAUUCACAACACUCAAAUUCACCAUGCAUAAAACUGAAAGUGGGUUAAAUUAGCUGGAGUGCCUUAAUGCCAUUGAUCAAAUACUGUCUGUCAGUCUAGCAGAUGCUUUCAAGUUUGCUGCUGUAUUAUGGUGAAAACUGAUUUAUGAUAAAUGUUGGAUCAGUUUUUCUAUUGUUGAGGACUAAUGUGUAAUGUUCACACUUCAGGAUUGUGUCUAUGAUCAGUGCUUUGGGCUGUAACCACUUAUAAAACCGAUUUUGGGGAUUUUUCAAUUUUAAAAGACAAUAAAUAAACCAGAAUUUUAAUAUUUGUCUGAA